AACUCUAGCUGAGAAGAUAAGGUUGAGCAGAGAGACCAAUAAACCCAUGUCUGGUUUUUCUCUGCAUCAAAUCCCAAAAUUAAAAAUGGCAACUUCAACAGUUUCUUCUCUGCUACCAGCUAGAGUUUCGACCAAAAAUCAUCAAAUCACACCAAAACCCUUCUUGGGUAAUCUUAAUUUUGGUUGCACAACACUGAAGACUCCAGUCUCUACUAAGUUCAGGGUACAAGCUGCAAAGCUUCCUGCUGGAGUGGUAGUGCCAAAAGUAGAGCCAAAAUUUAGGCCACCAUUUCUUGGGUUCACUAGGAUUGCUGAGACAUGGAAUUCUAGAGCUUGUAUGAUUGGUCUCAUUGGCACUUUCAUUGUGGAGCUGAUAUUGAACAAGGGAAUUCUACAAGUAAUAGGGGUGGACAUUGGAAAAGGUCUUGAUCUUCCUUUGUGAGCUUAUUCGAUGCUACUUCAAUGACCAAUGUAGAGUCCUUUCAUUUGAUUCAAAAGCUGAGUUUGUAACAAAUCUCAUAUAUUAUCUUAUAUACACAACUCAUAUUUUGCCUCUA